GUUUGCCUUUGUUGAGUCAAAACCACAUUUGCUUAAAUUGACUGCUCUUCUUUCGCCGUGGCAUCCUUCAGCUGUCAUUCUCCUCUGAUCACGAUGCUGAAUGCUCACAGGUGGCCUCCUAUCCUCCUGGCUGCUGUUAUUCCAUGUGUCUUCCUGCAGUGGACUGAUGGGUUUCUCCAGCCUGGAUUGCUUUCUGAGGCUCACAUUUAUCAGCCCAUCCUAAACCCCAACGAGAGCAUUCCCACACAAGGAAGCUACGCAGUGAAAAACUAUAAUGGAAAUUCGUGUGUUAUGGUCGUCAUGGGAGUGGAGUACAUCAUCACUGAAAACAAGAUAAACUGGUAUUUCAGCCUGGACCCAUCAAAAGUUAAGGUCAAUGGAUAUUGUGGCAAAUAUGUUGCAAAUAUCUCUCUCACGAUACCAGGUGAUACAGCCAGUCUGCAGUUCACUAUUAAGAAGAAAUUCGACAAAUUUUACGUCUCCCAGUUGAAUGCUCACUUGUCCCCUCAGCCUCUUUGCAAAGGAUGUAUCAAUAAAACAUAUUCAGGCCAGAUCACCAGUGAGAUGCUUUUCAUGACACCUGUCUGUGAAAGCUUCAAGUGCAGGUCAGGACGCCUGCUUUCUGUUUCACCUGAGAUGAAGAUCAAGAUGGCUCCUCUGCAAAUGCAAGCCUUCAAUUUUUCUGACAGAGAGUAUGAUGCAGUGUGUCUCAAGAAGUCAAAGAAAAUCAUUGGCAUGGUUAUGGGAGCAGUAGUGAUGACUCUGGUUUUCAUCAUCGUGCUGUCAUUUCUGUUCAUCAGAGACCGGCACAGACAAGGAUAUGAAAGGAUGUGAAUCUGCACAUGUGUGUGUUUUUUAUGUAUGCUUGGAAAAAAUUAAUAAAGAUAACCUAUUUUCAAAAAAACA